AUGAAGUUCGUCAACAGUGCCUCCUUGACAACCACGUUAUUAACGUUGGCUCCCUUGAUUUCAAUCGCAUCAGCUGGUCAAGCACCAGGAAGUUUGAAAAUGGAUUUCAAAGUCAAAAGAGAUGCAUCAAAUAAUGAUGCCCCCUUGCUCGAUAGCUAUGAACGUAGACUUGCUAAACGCGCAGAAGAAGAUGAAGACCAAGGAGCUAGACCGGUUAAUUUGGAAUUGAUCAACAACAAGACCGUUUAUUUGGCUGAAUUGUACAUUGGUUCAAACGAAGAUUGGGUCGAAGUACAAAUUGAUACCGGUAGUUCCGACCUUUGGGUUAUGUCUAGUGAUGUCACAUGUGAAAAGUCAUCAGACUCAAAGAGAAAGAGAGACCAACCAUCGAAGUCGGAAAAUAUUUAUGCCAACAAGCGUGACGAUGAGAGCGACAUUGCCCUGUACAUUUCUGCUCAUCCAGAUAGCACUGAGUUCCCAGAACCAGGAGAUGAUGGUCUUGAUGAUUCUAGCUCAAGUUCUGACGAUGGAUCUGGCUCACAAACUUGUACCGCCAUGGGUUCGUUCAAUACCGCUAAUUCCGAUACUUUUGUUCAAAAUGAUACAUUGCCAUUCUUGGCCAUUUAUGCUGAUAAUUCUAAUGCAAUUGGUUUCUGGGGUCAUGACACUGUGAAAGUCGGCAAUCUUUCGGUAAAAGAUGUCAGCUUCGCUAUUGUCAAUAGCACCACCAAUAAGGCUGGUGUAUUUGGUGUUGGAUUACCUGGAUUGGAAACAACUGCUGAAUCAGGAAGCGAGUAUGAAAAUUUCCCCCUCAAGUUGAAAUCAGAGGGAAUAAUUAACAAAGCAUUGUAUUCAUUAUACUUGAAUGACGUUAACACCUCCACUGGCUCUAUUUUGUUUGGUGCUAUUGACCAUGCUAAAUAUGAAGGUACCUUGGAAACAUUGCCAGUGUUGGCAUCCGAUAACAACUCUACAAAGCAUGCUGACUUUAAAGUUGAAGUCACUGACGUCACCCUUAAUUUUGAGGAUAGCCUGAAAAAUAUCUUGAAUAACACUACCGGUGCUAUAUUAGACUCUGGGGCCACCUUGUCGUUUUUGUCGUCAGACCAAGUAGAUUUGGUAGGUCAAGCUAUUGGUGGUAAUUACUCCGAGAAGGAGUCGAUUUACCAAGUUGAUUGUUCAUACCAAGAUUUAGAUUCAACAUUGGAUAUCAAAUUUGGUAAAAACAAGACUAUCAAAAUCCCUUUCCAUAGUUUGAUUGUCGAAGAUGACGGAAAAUGCUAUUUGGGUCUUCAAACAGCUCCAGAAUCAGGCUACAUCUUGUUUGGUGACAAUGUGUUGAGGAAUGCUUAUAUUGUUUACGAUGUCGAAGAUUUAGAAGUUCACAUUGCUCAAGCUUACUACGCUGAUGAAGAAGAUAUUGAAGUUGUUGUUGGAAAAGUCAACAGUGGCGGAGGACAAAACUCAACAUCAGUUGGUGGAGGUAAUGGAUCAAACUCUACAUCAUCAAACUCGUCAUCAUCAAACCCAUCGUCAUCAUCCAACGGUACUUCAACUCAGCCAAGUACCAAGCCAUCAAGCGGAAGUACCAAUGGUGGAUUGUCAGUCUACAAUUUGUCAUGGGUCUCUGUCAUUGCCGGAUUGGUGAUCUCAUUUAGCUUGUUAUAA